AUGGCAAAUGCCAUUUUAUCAGUUCUUCGUGAAUUUAAUUUAAUUUUAGCAUUAACAACUGAUAAUGCAUCUUCAAUGAUUACUUGUGGUGCAUCUAUAUCAAAAGAACUUGAAAAAGAAUUUGAUAAUUUGAAUUUUGCUCAUUACCAAUGUGCCGCUCACAUUUUGAAUCUGGCAGUUAGUCAAGGAAUUGAAUUAAUUGAUAAGACUGAACUGGACUAA